AUGCCAAAAGACCGAAAUAAACCGCGUGGAAGAACCACUGCUUACGGAUUCUUUGUCAUCGACGAGAAAGAGAAGCAUGCAAAGGAAAAUCCCGGUGUCAAGAUAAAUUUCGGAGAAUUCUCAAAACUCUGCGGACAAAAAUGGCAGACUAUGGGCGAAGAGGACCGAGUUGACUACGAGAAGAAAGCAGCUGAUGACAAAGUCAGAUACGACAAUGAAAUGGCUAAUUAUGAGCCACCAGCUGGCGCAAAAAAGACGAAAAAGCGAAAGAAAGACCCCAACGCUCCAAAAAGACCGGCGACUGCGUUUUUCCUCUUCUCUACCGAGAAUCGGGAAAAAGCAAAGGCUCAACUUGAAGAGGGCGCUAAAGUUGGCGAUGUAGCGAAGAAGCUCGGCGAAAUGUGGAAAGCUGCCAGUGCGGAAGAAAAGGAAAGAUUCGCAAAACAGGCGAAGGAAUCCAAAGCUUUGUACGACAAGGCAAUGGAAGAAUACAAAGCAUCCGCGCCAAAAGAAUCGCCCCCAAAGAGGAAGAAGAAAAAGGUGUCUUCCGAAGAAGACGAGCCAUCCGAUAUCUCUGACGAAGACCACGAUUAUUGA